AUGCCUUUAUUCUUUCAGCUACAGUACUGUUUCACCUCAGUCUUGAUUAGAACGACCACGGUCAAAUUCUUCUUAUUGGUUAUCUUCAUCAGUUUCCUUAUUUCCAUAUUGUUUAUACAAUUCACAAGCAAAGAAAAUUACUUCCCAGUGGAUGACAAUAUUAUACAAGAGGCACUGGAAAAUUUUGCAAGAGAUUCUCGAUAUGUGGAGGUUUAUAGAAAAAAGGAAUGGCUGUCGAAGGACAUUAAGUAUAUUUUGCUGUGGACAAGGAAAGAUUAUGAACCGUUCCGUCAACUGGGAGAAGGACAACGCGCAUUUAUUAAAAACAACUGUUCUAUGAUAAACUGUUACGUUACAGAUAACAGGUACUUCUUCGAUGGUGAUAUGACUAAUUUCGACGCCAUAGCAUUCAAUGGACGCAAUAUUAAACACAUAACAAAAUAUGAGCUUCCAAUGUAUAGAUCGCCGCACCAGAAAUAUAUAUACUUCAAUAUGGAGUCUUCAGAUAAUUAUCCCGUAUGCAAUGCCAUGUUCGAUGAUUUUUUUAAUUGGACGGCGACAUAUAAAUUGAACUCUGACAUUCCAUUUACUUAUAUAAAAAUAAAAAAUCUGAACGGUGAAGUUGUAGGGCCGAAGGAGGAUAUGAAAUGGAAAGAAAAUCUAUCAGUUGAAGAAGAUGUAAUGUUCAAGGGGAAUAAGAGCAAGGCAGCGGCAUGGUUCGUGUCAAAUUGUUCUAGUAGGAGUGGAAGAAAAGCGUUAGUAAGAAAUUUACAAAAAUAUUUGCAACGACAUGGAUUAGCUGUAGACGUGUAUGGCGAUUGCGGCCCAUUGAAAUGCCCUAGAUAUGCUAAAAACAGUUGUGACGAUAUGUUAGAACGGGAUUAUUUCUUUUACAUGUCUUUAGAGAAUUCAUUCGCGGAAGAUUAUGUUACAGAGAAACUUCUGACAGCUCUGAAACAUGAUGCAGUGCCUAUUGUAUAUGGUGGCGCAAAUUAUACAAGGUUCUUACCUCCGGAUACGUAUCUAGAUGCCCUGAAGAUGUCUCCCAGAGACUUGGCUGACACCAUAUCUGGUUUGAUGCAGUCUCCUAUUUUAUACAAUAGCUACUUCAGAUGGAAGAAACAUUACACCUAUCACGACCCAUCCUCGUCUGAAAAUGUGUGCGCGUUGUGCGCUGCACUUAACAAUGACACUUUCCUUAUUUCCAUAUUGUUUAUACAAUUCACAAGCAAAGAAAAUAACUUCCCAGUGGACGACAACAUUAUACAAGAGGCACUGGAAAAUAUCGCAAGAGAUUCUCGAUAUGUGGAGGUUUACAAAAAAAAGAAAUGGCUGUCGAAAGACCUUAAGUAUAUUUUGCUGUGGACACAGAAAGAUUAUGAACCGUUCCGUCAACUGGGAGAAGGACAACGCGCAUUCCUUAAGAACAACUGUUCUAUGAUAAACUGUUACGUUACAGAUAACAGGUUCUUCUUCGAUGACGAUAUAACCAAUUUUGACGCCAUAGCAUUCAACGGAUGCAAUAUUAAACGCAUGACAAAAUAUGAGCUACCAAAACAUAGAUCGCCGCACCAGAAAUAUAUAUACUUCAAUAUGGAGUCUUCAGAUAAUUAUCCCGUGUGCAAUGCCAUGUUCGAUGAUUUUUUUAAUUGGACGGCGACAUAUAAAUUGAACUCUGACAUUCAAUUUACUUAUAUAAAAAUAAAAAAUCUUAACGGUGAAGUUGUAGGGCCGAAGGAGGAUAUGAAAUGGAAAGAAAAUCUAUCAGUUGAAGAAGAUGUAAUGUACAAGGGGAAUAAGAGUAAGGCAGCGGCGUGGUUUGUGUCAAAUUGUUCUAGCAGAAGUCGAAGAAAAGAAUUAGUAAGAAAUUUACAAAAAUAUUUGCAACGACAUGGAUUAGCUGUAGACGUGUAUGGCGAUUGUGGUCCAUUGAAAUGCCCUAGAUAUGCUAAAAACAUCUGUGACGAUAUGUUAGAACGGGAUUAUUUCUUUUACAUGUCUUUAGAGAAUUCAUUCGCGGAAGAUUAUGUUACAGAGAAACUUCUGACAGCUCUGAAACAUAGUACAGUGCCUAUUGUAUAUGGUGGCGCAAAUUAUACAAGAUUCUUACCUCCGGAUACGUACCUGGAUGCCCUGAAGAUGUCUCCCAGAGACUUGGCUGACACCAUGGCUCGUUUGAUGCAGUCUCCUAAUUUAUAUAGUAGCUACUUCAGAUGGAAGAAACAUUACACCUAUCACGACCCAUCCCCGUCGGACAAUGUGUGCGCGUUGUGCGCUGCACUUAACAAUGACACUUUCCUUAUUUCCAUAUUGUUUAUACAAUUCACAAGCAAAGAAAAUAACUUUCCAGUGGACGACAAUAUUAUACAAGAGGCACUGGAAAAUGUCGCAAGAGAUUCUCGAUAUGUUGAGGUUUACAGAAAAAAGAAAUGGCUGUCGAAGGACCUUAAGUAUAUUUUGCUGUGGACACGGAAAGAUUAUGAACCGUUCCUUCAACUGGAAGAAGGGCAACGUGCAUUCCUUAAGAACAACUGUUCUAUGAUAAACUGUUACGUUACAGAUGACAGGUUCUUCUUCGAUGGCGAUACGACCCAUUUCGACGCCAUAGCAUUCAAUGGACGCAAUAUUAAACGCAUGACAAAAUAUGAGCUACCAAAAUAUAGAUCGCUGCACCAGAAAUAUAUAUACUUCAAUAUGGAGUCUUCAGAUAAUUAUCCCGUGUGCAAUGCCAUGUUCGAUGAUUUUUUUAAUUGGACGGCGACAUAUAAAUUGAACUCUGACAUUCCAUUUACUUAUAUAAAAAUAAAAAAUCGUAACGGUGAAGUUGUAGGGCCGAAGGAGGAUAUGGAAUGGAAAGAAAAUCUAUCAUUUGAAGAAGAUGUAAUGUUCAAGGGGAAUAAGAGCAAGGCAGCGGCAUGGUUCGUGUCAAAUUGUUCUAGCAGGAGUGGAAGAAAAGAAUUAGUAAGAAAUUUACAAAAAUAUUUGCAACGACGUGGAUUAGCUGUAGACGUGUAUGGCGAUUGUGGUCCAUUGAAAUGCCCUAGAUAUGCUAAA